CUGCUCACGUGAUGGGAAGCAAGUAAGCGUCAAAUAAUGUGUCAAUAAUGUUAAAGGUUGCCGAAAGUAGCGUAACAAGAGCAACGUUUCUUACACUGUAGUGUGUCUCGUCUCGUAUUUGAUUUCGUUGUAUCAGCAGACCUUUGUUGACAUUGAAGUUCCUUCAGGAUGUCUGCUACCCAGGACUGCCAGUCCACUCUUGUGCAGAGCCUUGCCACACUGUUGCGGAAUAAUGGCGAAUCUGUGUUGGAUGGCUCAAGCACUCUGACUUUGCAGGUGACUUGCGUACAGCAUUUGACACAACUCUUUGAACAGUACCUGCUUUCGUGCACACAUCAGCACAGCUUCCUGGCUCUACCAUCACACCCAGCUGAUACCACCACACUGCUCCAGGUGCAGUUCCUCUUUGACAUGCUACAGAAGACCAUCUCGCUCAAGCUUGUCCAUCCACCUGGGGUAAGGCUGCAGUCCACUGUGAAAAUCUUCCCUUUUAAGUUCCUCAAGCACUUAGAGCUGAAAAGAAUACCUUCUCAUUGUCUGGAAGGGCUGCGUGGUGUCUACUCUCAGUUGGAGGUCUUCAUUUGCUCUAAAAGCCUAAACACUUUGGAGGAGCUACUGUUACUUUGUGGAGGAGAUCUCAGCACUGCCCUGCCUUGGUUAGAACUUCACACUCUGAACUUCAGCUACAACUAUAUUUCCUGUCUUGAUGAAUCCCUGAGUUUGUUGAAUAUUCUGAAGUCAUUGGAUUUAAGCCAUAACAAGAUCCAGGAAUGUGCUGAAUUUCUGAAGCCACUCUGUGAGCUCAAACAUCUUAAUCUUGCCUAUAACAACCUGCAGAGGGUACCAGAGCUCGGCCCGAACACUAGAGCAAGACUGGUCACUUUGGUGCUCAGACAUAAUCAACUGGAAAACAUUAAUGGAGUUGAGCACUUAUCUUCUCUCCAGUGUCUUGACCUGACCUUCAACAUGCUAAUGGAGCACACGCAGCUAGCCCCACUUGCCUUUCUGCAUAAUCUGAAUAUGGUGGAAUGUGCAAUCAAUGAAGAUUGGCCACCAGGCUGGUCAAAUUUAGCCAUGAAUCCUCCAACACUAAAUUGGCCAGUGUUUCAGUUUCAUUGUCCAACCCUUUUAACUCUAGAAGGCAACCCUCUCUACUUCCAGAAAACACACAGAAACGCAACCAUAUAUCACCUUUCUCCACAAGCAGCUUUCAGAGGACUUCAACUGGAUGGUUCCACAUUGUCUUCCACUGAGCUUGCAGUCUUGUCGAAACCUAUACAACUUAUACACCAGACAUCCCAAAUUCACCAAGUUGCAAUAGCACCUGAGCAUAUUGUACAGGACAUGUCAAGUUGUGGAGGAGAAUUAAGUGACAGCUUGCCUACCGGUGAAUUUGGAGCAAGUCGAGUUUAUAAAAGGAAAUCCAAGCAGAAGGUGAAGGUGAGGACAGCUAGCAUCUCAGAACCCAGUGAUACAGAGCCCAGUUCAUCAUCUUUGCAAGACAUCAUCCUGUGCCACCAGAUGGACAUUGAGAAGUUGGACAGCUUCCGAGAGAAGAUGGGCACGGACUGGCUUCGCUAUCAGCAUCACCUUCAUGGCACAUCAGCCAUUCUGUCUGGUCCCAGUGUGGACAGAUUUGUAGCACAAUCGAUUGCUGAUAAGCACUGCACUCCUUCACCUACAUUAACCAGGACUGAUUGCACCAUGCCCAAAUUAGACUCUCUCCAUAUCCCACUGCUAUCCUCUGAGCUGAAAAGGGAACAGGAAGGGAUCAUGGAAUUACAACCUGAGACUGAAUCCACCCUGCAGUGGACAGACCACAGCUUUGUAGAUAUAGAGUCUACCCUAGAGAAAAGUCCUCCAGAGAAGGGCUAUACUGAUCCAGCAUUUGGAGAAGAAGAAGAGGACCUUGGAGUGGAUGUGUGUAGGCCUAUGCUGGUCAGGGUGCUUACUGAGACUGAAGAUUUUAACAAGAGGAAGGAGUCAGAGCCAUUGUUCCUGAGAGUGCAUCAGGCUUAUAUUUUGGAGGUGGACAUGCACCAGGGCUGUGUCAGGAAUCGAUUUGAGCUUGACAGUUUGCGUCAGGUCACCACCUCGCAAUUCACCUGCACUGAGGAGGGCAAGGAGAGAUGCCACUCGGUUCUAGAAUUGCGCUUUAACUACAUUAGUCACGAAAGACAAAAACGACUCUACCUCAUGCUGGAUGAUCCUCAGGAAGCUUUGCAGGUUCUGCUGGAGUUGCUCUCUAGAAUAGCAGUGGAGAAUGAGCAUCAGGCAGAAAAGGAAAAAACAGCAAUUGUUCAACUACAGUGUCUGAAGUGCCAAGCUGAAUUUUCCCAGCCUCAGUCUAAAAAGCUGAUGAGGGCCCUGUCUGAACCAGACGUCUAUCAUGAAUAUCAAGACAGGACAAAGAAAGAGCAUGCUGUUGGUGAUGCUGUGUUUUGCCCAGAAUGCACCAGUGACCAUGUGAUCCAGCUAGCUGGCCAAGCCUCUCCAUCUGCCAGUACACCAAUCCACUAUGGCUUUAAUCAGACACAUGACACAUGCUUUGGGUUUGAUUAUAUUGACACUCAAAAGGGUGAAUCUCUUCGUAGCCCAAUCUAUGUAAGAAAUUCUUCUGAAGCCUCUACACUGCCUGAGGUGACCACAGGCAUCUUCCUCACUGCCCAGUGUGGCUUAUUUAAAAGUGUAUCCAGUAACAUUGAGGACAGCCCCAACCAUCUGAUUAGCUUCCACUCUUCUGACAGCCAAGUGCUCAGGGACCAGGAAGGGUCAGAAAAUGGGCUUGCUCAAGGCUGUAGUAGCUCUCAGAGGCUUCUGAACCAUCAGUCUCUUCAAGACCCACAAGGAUAUGGUCAUGAUGUUGAAACUGUCGACCACCGGUUGCAGCUCUUCCUGGAUGUGGAAGUUUUCGAGGGAGAAGAAGAGAUUCAUUGCUUCCUGAAAAUGUCUGUUGUGAAAUUUGGAGAUCCAGUAGAAUUCCCAUCUCUUGUGGUUGUGUCCAAUCAACGCAUCUACAUCCUAGAAAUGACCUCUCAGUCAGAAGGGCAUCCCUCAGAAUGGCUGCAGAAGAGGGACAGCCAUCGACUAUGUGAGCUAAGCUACCUGGAGGUGGGUCUUGGUUCACAAAUCAUCCAUAUGGAGUUUGAUGUGAGCGCUGCUGCAUACACACUUUUGGUUCGUGACAGUGCUCAGUGCAAACACUUCUACAACCAACUGGAAGCAAAAGCAAGAGAACUUGCCCCCAAGCCUGACAGCAAACUUAAGACCAUCUCAUGCACACAACUGAAUCCCAAACACCAUCUGUGGCCCUUGGUUUACGAGGGCAGAAAGAUAGGCAAUGAAGUAGAGAGUCAUCCUCCAUUCUUUUACCUGCUGGCCUUCCUCCUGCUUGGUGACUCUUUAAGCUCAGUGACUGUUUUGGCCACACAAGAAUCACUUUUUCUCCUAGAUGAAGAUCACCAAUGGAGUAAGAGCUACUCUAAGCUUGCCAAUGAGGAGGCACAAAACACCAGCAGGCAGGUCACAAUUCGUGAAAUGCAGCCUAUCAGCUAUGUCAGUUCUAUCCUUCUGUUUUCAUCUGAUCCAUGCCAGGUCAACAUUCAGCUUUAUGAUGAGCUGGCCAAUGAGGAGAAGACAUGGCUUUUAAGGGCAAAGUCUGUGAAGGAUAUCCAAGGUUUAGUGGACUGGAUCAAGGGCCAGUGGGAAGCCAUGUUUGGGGUCAAACUCAUCACUGCUCUUCAGUAGAUACUACUGUUAUAUUGCCUAUUAUUGCACUGUUCUCAGUAUUUUUAUGAGCACAUCAGCUUAUUUGCACUGUCCACUUUUAUCCACAGAUAUUAUAUAUGUGUAUUAUCUAUUUAUAAUAUAGUCUGAGUAAUUAAGGGUGAAGGCUAUGAGUAAUGCAAUCCAACUAUCCAUAACAUUUAGAAUUAGAAUAUAUUUGUUUUUUACAAUUUCUUCUUGAGAUCUGUAAGAUACUUUGAGGUGUACUUUACAUACAUACAUACAUACAUACAUACAUAUAUAUA